GAUAUUCACAAAUAACAUAUCAUCUAGUAUGCAGGAUUGUGACUGUAAUCUGCACUAUCAUUUGAUUGGCAGUGAAAACUCUAUUAACUUCCUGGAGUAUGACACAGGGGCUUUCCAUGAGCUGUUGCUACUUCAUUUUGUUCUGAUUUUCGAUCGACAAGAUGUCAACACAAGGGCAGCAAACAGAAAAACAAUACGACCCAAAUGAUCAGACUCUGAAAUUUGUGAAAGGGAAGGAUGAAAUUACAGGAGAUGACGACCCUAAUAUUUUAAGAGCAGAAAUGUCCUGUGGACAUGCAGUGGAUCCAAAUUCGCUCACUGCUUGGUGCCGAAGUCUUCUAGAUCAGGGUCAGUAUAAGUUCUUCUGUCCAGCAGCAGUGAAGGAUGGAACGACAUCAAAAUGUGGAGCAGAAUGGUCAUAUCAGGAAGUUCGCAAAUUGGCUGUACUGACCUGUGAAGAACAAUUAUAUUUUGAGGAAACAGUUGCUCAACUGGCUGCCGCUGAAUAUUGUGAAUAUAAAUCAUGCCCAGGAUGUAAAACGUUUGUCGAACGCUGUGAUCUGACAAAUCUGAGUGUCAGAUGCAGCAUCUGUACCACAGAGAGAGGAAGAGUCUAUGACUUCUGUUGGCAAUGCCUGAACACGUGGAAGGGACAAGCCCCACGAUCUGAUCGGUGUGACAAUGAAGGCUGCAUCAACCAAGAACUCGAAAUACUAAAGUACUGUCUGUUAAUGAACUUACCAGAAACAAAAGUGAAACAAUGUCCUUCCACUCGUGCUUGCCCAACCUGUGGCAAACUUAUUGAACAUAGCCAAGUGGGAUGUAAAUAUAUGAACUGUACCAGGUGUCAUGUUGAAUUUUGCUUUGCCUGUCUGGAGCUUAAAAUCGAAUGCCAAAAAAGCAGACCAGCUUCAUGGUUUGAUGUCUGUGCUAAAGGGAUUGCACCAAGGCAAACAUCAAUUCCAACCUGGAAUCGACAUGGAUGAAAUAUCAAACUUACCCUUAAAUAUAUAUGAAAAUAUGACAUUUAUAUUAACAUUCAAGUUAUAUAAAUGGUGCAUAUAUUAACAGAUGGUGCAAAAUCAUCCAAGACCAAUUAUGUGAAUUUAUAUAUAAGAUAUAUUUGCCUGGGUACCAUUACCAUGGCCUCUCAUAUGGUGAGAAUGAAAAAAUGUGGAGAAAAUAAUUUCUCAUAAUGGGGUAAAAUUCAAAAUUCAAGAUAAACAACACAUAUAUUUGUUCAAUGUUACUUCAUUUGGCAUUAGUCAAAUAACAGGAUUAACUUCUUUCAGUGCAUGCUUUUAUAGUAAUUGAAAACAAUAGUUGAAUAUUACUAACCGUAUGACAGCUAACUUAUGUGAAUAAGGCAAAUUUUCCUUUCUUGUCUAGAUGGCCAGACAACUUAGUACAUUCAUAUCUCUGUGAAAGAUUUAGUGCAUAACCACAAUAAUUAUUCUAAACAUCAAUGUUGAAAAUUUUCUGAGAUAAAUGUUAACUUGAAAACUAGAAAUAAAUGAUUGACAUUUUUAUAUAUUAA